AUGGCCUGUGGCGGGGACAAGCAGGCUCACCGCCUGCCUGGAUGCUGCCUGACGGUGCUGCCUGGACCAAGGCAGUGCAUACAAUGGCAAUUCUACCGCUCCUAUUGGCCGCCCAACGUGAUGCGAGCCCUCGCAUCCUUGCCCACAAAUCUCAUGGGCCUUGGCUCUGGAGGAACCAUCACCUACCAGAUUGCAAUUUCCGAGGCCCAUGCGACCUUCCGGGCUUGUAUUUGCAUGGGCCCCAUUAGGCUGCCUUCCUUGCUGCCAGCCCCAACGGGCGGGAAGACACGAAUUUCAGUCUGUGGCGGACGAAAGGACGUAGAGACCUUUCAGCACCACCUUCGGAUGUGCUACUCGGUGCGAGGCAAUCAUCGCGUACCUCCU